GAUCCUCAGACCAAGUAACUGUGCGAUCAAGAACUAUCAGUCAUGGGUCUGCUGCUGCCUUUGUUUCUCAGUUUUCUUGCCUGUAUUUUGGGUGGACUCUACAUUCUGGGAGCUUUUAGACAAAGAUGUCCAGGAGAGCCUCCUUUAGAUAAAGGUUGGAUUCCUUGGCUGGGUCAUAUCCUGGAGUUCCGGAGGGACACUGCAAAAUUUAUACAGAGAAUGAGGCAAAAACAUGGUGAUGUUUUUACAGUACAGCUGUGUGGCUUUUAUGUGACCUUUCUUCAAGACCCUUUGUCAUUUGGAGCAUUUGUCAAAGAAAGCAGAGAAAAACUUGACUUUGGUACAUUUGCUAGACAGCUGGUUACAAGAGUCUUUGGCUAUAAGAGUAAUAACAAUGAGCGCAUAAUCAAUGAUGCUCUUAGUCAAAAGCACCUCAAAGGUCACGGACUGCAAAUAAUGACAGAAGCUAUGAUGGGUCAUUUGCAGAAUCUCAUGCUUCAUGAUUUUGGCUCUGCUGCAAAACAAAAGACCUGGACAGAAGAUGGACUUUUUAAUUAUUGCUACAACAUUGUAUUUAGAGCUGGUUAUCUGGCUCUCUACGGCAACACAACAUCAAAGACUGAAGGCAAUGAGGAGAAAGCCAAGGCUAAAGACAGAAUUGAGUCAGAAGCAUUGUUUCAUGAAUUCCGUAAAUACGACCAGCUUUUUCCUAAUUUGGCUUAUGGUGUUCUACCCCCAGGUGGAAGGAAAGAAGCUUUCAGACUGAUGCGUUACUUUUGGGAUGCUCUGUCUAUUACAAAAAUGAGAAGCAAAGACAACAUUAGUGGCUGGAUAUGGAACAUGUACAACAUACGAAGAGAGGAAGGUAGGCCAGAGUCAAUGAUAGACCGAUACAUGUUUGUACUACUUUGGGCAUCUCAGGGCAAUACUGGACCUUCAUCAUUUUGGCUUCUACUCUACCUUAUGAAGGACCCAGUUGCAAUGGAGGCUCUGAGGAAAGAGGUAGAUAUGGUUCUGAAGGGGUCUGGACAAGAGGUCUGCCCUGAUGGUCCUCCAGUCAACCUGACCUAUGAAAUGCUCAUGAAAACACCAGUUCUGGACAGUGCUGUUGAAGAAACUCUUCGUCUUGUGGCAGCACCGAUUCUCACUAGGUCUGUCCUUCAAGAUAUGACCCUGAAAAUGGCUGAUGGUCGUGAGUUUUUCAUCCGCAAAGGAGACCGCAUGUCUGUUUUUCCCUACGUUGCUAUUCACGUUGACCCUGAAAUCCACCCUGACCCAUACACCUUCAAGUACGACCGGUUCCUCACUCCAGAAGGUACCAAGAAAACAGAUUUCUACAAAAGAGGGAAGAGAGUCAAGUACUACACCAUGCCUUGGGGAUCAGGGGUGUCCAUGUGCCCUGGUCGCUUCUUUGCCACCAAUGAGCUCAAGCAGUUUAUUUUCCUCAUGCUGGUCUACUUCGACUUUGAGCUGAUUAAUCCAGAUGAGAAGAUACCACAAAUCGACUACAGACGGUGGGGAUUUGGAACCAUGCAUCCAGACAGAGAGGUCAAGUUUCGUUACAAGUUUAGGUACUAAAUGCAACAUAUAAGCUUUACACAAAGUCCUACCUUUUGGUAUUUUUUCAGUAGCGUUUGAUUCACAUAAAGUAUGGUGUAAUAGUAGUUUAUCCAGUAAGACAAUUGCUAAUAGCAACACAUUUCUGCAUUGCAGCUGAUUAGCUAACUUAAACUCAUGUGUGCUUAUGUUGCAUAUUAAUUUCAUGGUUGUACAUGUUGUAUUUGCCCUGUGAUCCAACACUUCUGGUUUAUCCUUGUAGAUUCUGCCCAAUGGAUCAACUUUUAAUGACGAACUAAUUACCUAGAACAAAUGUCUAAAAACAUCCUUGUAUUAUCAAAAAUUAUGUGUAGUACUAUUACAUGUACAUUUUCUGGCAGUAGACAUUAGACCGCCGAGUUUCCAUUGAUUUUGUCUUUUCAUACAAGGCCUGGUUCUUCUUUUUAAAUCUGAUACUGAUUUUUGGACAUAAAAUUAUAUAAAAAAAAUGACCUUACCUAAGCCUACUGUGGCAGUAGGCUGGGUUUUGCUAAGCAAAGGUCUAGCAUGUUCCACCAGUCUAUGCAUCAGCAUUGUAUCAUGCAUGAUAGGUUUGAUAUUCAUGAGCUGUCAUACUGACAUGAUCUCCAGCCACUAUGUUUAUGUCGAACUAUUCAUCUAAAAUCUAAUUCUUAAAGCCUUGUUCAGUACAGUGACAGUUCUUCAGUUAUUAAAUUAUUAUUAUAAUGUUACAUGUUUCAGUCAAAUUGCCAAAGUACAUUCCUAGUUUGUGAAACUUUGUUCACCAACACUGUCAAUAAAGCCUUUCUGGUUC